AUGCUUAGUCAGCACAAAGAUAUAUACCCACUGUCACGUGAGUGUCCUCCUUUUCUCUUACCAUCAUCAAAUCCUAUCAGUGUUCAGAUUUUGUCAAUUGAGAACAUUAUCUGCCUUGAAUUGAUUGCUAGAUUAGCAGAUGAAGAGAUGUCUGAUCUAUGUCAGAUCAGCAUUACAAUUUCAGAAAGUGGUUCUGAUUCUCGUCUAAGACAAGAAUCAGUAUUUGCUCUCAGCAAACCUGUUGAAUUCAACACCACAACCAAUACUACACAGACCAAUCAUGGUGUAGAUAUACUUUCCAGCCUCAACAUCCAUAUCCAUGUUCAUGUUCACCAAGCUGCAGUUUCUGCUUUCAAAUAUGACCCUCCAUCCCUUCAUCUUUCCUCUAUGAAAGCAUCACAUCGGAAUAUUGUUCUCAGUUCCAAUUUGCGACACUUGCAUCCUAGUCACAGCAUUUCUUCUUCCACGCCAUACACCAUCAUCAAUGCCAGUCACUAUCCCAUUCACACCAUCCCCACCAGCACUGAAGCAUCAGCUGUUGCACAUGCAAAUAUUGUUCAGCCCUCAUCAUCCCAUUCAACAAAUGUUCAUGAAGAUAGAAUUCAGGCAGCACCCAUGCCAAUUUGUGGACAGCCAGAAGUUGACAGUCAGGAGGGCCAGGAUAACAAUGAAGAGGGGCAUGAUGUACAAGCUGGCAGGCAGGAAUUAUGGCAUGAAUUGUUUGGGGAGAAACCUGAGCAAACAGCAGUAGAGAAUGUCGGAGCCAGAGACGGCAUGGCCAAGGAAAUCUUAGGUGCAGCGAAUCGAAGUAUGAAUGUGGCGGAACCUGUGCCUUUGGACAAGACCUCAACGAAAUGGCCGAGAAAGGGUGGUACACCCUCCAAAGCAAAGCCCAUUCAAGGUGGACCAGGCGCACGGCACGCAGCGGGAUGGGCGGAGAAAAUCAUUGUCUUCGUCCGUCAGGUGAAAAUAGCGGCCAAGACCAAUGGUGUUCAUCCCCCCCUUGACCCUUCGAAGAUCAGCCAAAUCCUGAAUGAUGUUGACGAGGCCAAGCACAACCUCUCCCGCGACACUGUAAAGAACUCGGGUAUUGGUAAAGCGAUCCAACACCUUGCGAAAUGCAAGCCAUACGCCACUUGGAACGAGAAAGAAUUGAAGCUAGUAGAGAGAGCGGAAGGAAUUGAAUGGUACUGGCGAAAAUGCUGCAAAGGCAAGUGGGCUGGCGUGGGACGUGGCAGUGGAAGAGGUUUAUAA